AUGCUUGAUUUAGUGAAGAAACCUAAUCACCUACAAAAGAUGGUUGAAGAAAAUGGGUGGGCAAGAAAGAAGGCGAUAUGGCGUCCGUUAAGCGAAUCUGAUCUUUCAGAUUUCCCACAGUUAACAUGGGAAGAGCUGCGAAAUCUCACUCUUGGAAUAUAUCAGCUAAAACAAAGCAGAUCUUACACUCAGGAACACAUUAGCCAAACGGGAAUGUACUCCCUAUACGUUCAUCGAGAAGAUGUCUCAGUUAUCCGAAUUCAGUUAAGAUCACGACAUACAAGCUCAAAAAUAUAUAACAUGUGGAUAAGAACAGCCAUAAGUUCUAUCAUAAACAUUGAAUGGUAUUGUCAGUGCAAAGUUGGCGCAAGAGUUGUCGGUUGUUGCGCGCAUGUUGCAUCUGUAUUAUGGUACUUGGGGUAUUGGCGCCAUAAUCGUACAGAAACGAAAACACCAAGUCUUGAAUAUGCUAAUACAUUUGAAGACGCUGCUACUGGAUGGUCCAGUGAUGAUUCAGACAACCAACAUGACGAGGAAGCAUAA